AUCAUUCGAGGGUGUCCUCGUAGCGCCAUCUGCAAAAAUAAAAUGAGUAAAUUUGGUAACACCAGGUACCACUUCUGGUUCAAGCUUCGUUCAGUCAACAUCCACUGGUACCAGACGAUCGACAAUGGCAGAUCUCGGCAGCAAGGAUGUUGAAAGGGCAGAAUUCGCCUUCUCCAUUUACGACUCUGACGGCACCAACGUCAUCGAUGCAGUUGAUCUUGGCAACGUCCUUCGCGCGCUGAACUUGAACCCCACAAACGCGACCAUCGAGAAGCUGGGCGGCACGAAGAAGAAGGGCGAGAAGAAAAUGAAACUGGACGAAUUCCUGCCCAUUUUCAGCCAGUGCAAAAAGGACAAGGAACAGGGAUGCUAUGAGGACUUCCUCGAGUGUUUGAAACUGUACGACAAACAGGAAAACGGAAUGAUGCUCAGCGCGGAAUUGUCCCACACACUUCUCUCACUUGGUGAACGUCUCAAUGAUGCGGAAUGCGAGACGGUGCUGAAGGAUUGCAUGGAUCCAGAAGACGAAGACGGUUUCAUCCCCUAUGCCCCUUUCUUGAAGAAGAUGAUGGUACUGUUGUAAGCGAUCACGAGGUGUUAUACAGAGACAAUGAUCAUCCAUCCGUUCCUUCGUAAACUGUGUGACAGGGCGGCAGCAGCAGAUGACGAAUAGUAGGAUGAUCGCUGUCAACAUCAGUCCGCCAAGAUCCACGUUGACGAUGGACAUAUUCGCCAUAUUCGCUCGUCACAUUCACCACUUUUCUUAUCUCCCCGCAAAGAUCCAUUGACGUAAAUAGCGAUACGAACCUGGAAUCAGUAAUGUCAAGACGUCAUCAGCAUUUUAUCGAAAGGAAAGCAAGAAGAAAGGGAAAGUUCACGGAACAUCGAGAAAAAGAAAAGCAACUCGAAUGCACGCAACAUCGUUAUUUAAUUCGGUUUCAUACGACACAGCGUCCACAUUAAAUUUACAGAAUGCAAAAUAUCUUAAUCGCAACAUUGUACAAAGUCAAAUGAAAAAGUAUUAAUUUACUUCUUAUUGUUACUGUAAUAAAUCGCUCCUCUCAAAUCAACGGAGAGGAUU